AAAUGCUACCAUUUGGUCCAUGUCCGAUCCCCUAUCUCAAAUUCAUAGGGAUCAAAUAUUUUCAGCAGCUUCAUUGAUAGAGUCGUCGUCGUCGUAACUGAGCUCUGUAACCCUCUUAGCGAGUAAGUCCGUAGCUUUCAUAGAAACAGGAAGCAAAUCCUUUGCAUAAACAUGUUUAGUUUCCAUCAAGAAAUCGAUCUAUCCUAUGUUAUGAUCACUUUGUUUUUUUUAUGGUUUCUCAAAAAAUUUCUAUAUAGGCCUGCUGCUAAAAAAAAUCUGCCACCGUCUCCUCCAAAGCUUCCAAUCUUAGGCAAUCUCCACCAACUGAGUGCAUUAACUCACAGAUCACUCCAAUCCCUAGCCAAAAAAUAUGGUCCUCUGAUGCUGCUUCACUUUGGCAACAAGCCAACACUCAUUGUCUCAUCAGCCGAUGCAGCAAAGGAGAUAAUGAAAACUCGGGAUCUAAUUUUUGCCAAUAAACCCGACUCAAGUGUUACCAGGCUGUUAAUGUACAACGGGAAGGAUGUGGCUGUUGCGCCUUAUGGUGAAUACUGGAGGCAAUUGAAAAGUAUUUUUGUUCUCCAGCUUCUAAGUAAUAAAAGAGCCCAGUCUUUUCAUUCCAUCAGGGAAGAAGAAACAGCCCUUUUGGUGAAAAAGGUAUCAGGCCUUGUUUCUGAAACAUCAUCACCAGUGAAUCUGAGUGAGAUGUUUGUGUCGCUAGCAAAUGAUGUGGUCUGCAGGGCAGCUCUAGGGAGGAAAUACAGUGAAGAGGGAAAUGGAAAGAAAUUCCUUUAUCUGUUGAGGGAAAUUUCGGAGCUGGUGGCCAAGGUUAGUGUUGGAGAAUUUAUCCCAUGCCUUUCAUGGAUUGAAAGGGUUUCCGGAUUUAAAGCUAGAGUGAACAAGGCUGCUAAAGAAUUUGAUGAAUUCUUGGAGGAAAUAAUUCAGGGAAGCUUGGAUGCUGGACAGGAUCUAUCAGGGAAGGAAAAUGGAAGUUCAGAAAACUUUCUUGAUAUUUUGACGGCGAUUUACAAGGAGAAUUCUAUAGGCAUCUCCAUUGAUAAGGACAGUAUUAAAGGAAUACUUGUGGAUGUAUUUGUUGGUGGAACAGAUACCACAUCAACCGUUUUGGAAUGGGCAAUGACAGAGCUGAUAAGACAUCCUAAAAUCAUGAAUAGAUUGCAAAACGAGGUGAGGGGUAUUCUUAAUGGAAAACAGAAUAUAACUGACGCCGACCUAGAGAAAAUGUAUUUUCUGAAAGCCAUCAUCAAAGAAACUCUUCGUUAUCAUUCUUCCAUCCCAUUUUUGACCCGAAUAGCAAGCCAAGAUGUCCAAAUAAUGGGAUACGAUAUAGCAGCUGGGACAAUGAUUAUAACAAACAAUUGGGCAAUCGGUAGAGACCCUGAAUCUUGGGAGGAACCCGAAAAGUUUCAGCCUGAGAGAUUCUUGAACUACCCAAUAGACUUCAGAGGACUAGAUUUUCAACUGCUUCCAUUUGGUGCGGGACGAAGAAGGUGUCCGGGAAUCAGUUUUGCAAUGGCAACCAUUGAAUUUGCAUUAGCAAAUCUUGUCCAAAAGUUCGACUGGAAAUUGCCUAAUGGAGAUAAAGGAGAGGAUUUGGACAUUACUGAACAUCCGGGUAUUACAAUUCAUAGGAAAAAACCUCUUCUAGCUGUUGCCACUCAAUAUUGCUUCUAAUGUAGAAUGCAAACUUUGUUAAUUUCAUGACUUUCUUGAUGUAAAAGCAGAAAUAUUAAAAAAUACUAUCUGAUUUUCCUUUUUCUAUUA